AUGGCCAACCACUCGAAUGCCCCUUCGGGCCAGAAUACUGCCAGUGGCAAAAAGCAACUCAUUCUCAAUGCUUUUGUAAUGAACACACCCGGGCAUCUGGCCCCGGGCCUCUGGAAACACCCACGCAACAAGACAGACCAGUACAAGAAGCUCUCCUUCUGGACUGAGCUUGCGAAGUUGCUGGACGACGCCGGAUUCCACGCUAUGUUCAUCGCCGACACACUAGGCCCGUACGAUGUGUAUAAGGGACCAGCCAACGUAGUCCCGGCCUUGGCCUCCGGCGCGCAGUUUCCCGUCAACGACCCACUGUACCUCGUCCCAGCCAUGGCGCAAGCCACCCAGAACCUCAUUUUUGGCGUAACUGCGAGCUUGACAUACGAGAAGCCUUACUCGCUGGCGAGACGACUCUCGACAGUAGACCACCUGAGCGAAGGACGGCUGGCCUGGAACAUUGUUACCUCGUACCUUGACAGCGCGGCUCGGAACCACGGCUUGGAAGAGCAGAUUCCUCACGACGAACGCUACGCAAUUGCACAUGAGUAUCUCGAAGUUCUCUAUAAACUUUGGGAAGGCAGUUUUCGGGAUGAUGCGGUCCUGGCGGAUCGUGAGGCUGGCACGUACAUCGCUAGUGAUGCGGUCAGGCAGAUUCACCACAAGGGCAAGUACUUUGAGGUGCCUGGACCGCACUUUGUGGAACCGUCGCCUCAGCGAACACCAUUCCUUUUCCAGGCGGGCGUGUCCGAGGCAGGAAACGGCUUUGGUGGUAAACACGGCGAAGCCAUCUUCAUCGGCGGCCAGACUGCAGAGGGUGUCCGAAAGACGGUGGACAAUCUCCGCAGUAUUGCAGCUGAGGAGGGGAGAGAUCCGAACCACAUCAAAAUUAUCCUGGGCAUCAACGUCAUCGUGGCGGCGACAGAUGAAGCGGCCGAAGCACAGAAACAAGAGUACCUGAAGUUCGCGGAUACCGAGGGUGCCCUGGCUCUCUUCGGCGGGUGGACGGGGAUUGAUCUUUCUGGAUACCCAGAGGAUGAGGACUUCUCGGUGGCCGACUCUCCUCGCAUUCAGUCCAUCAUCCGACGUUGGUCAGAUACUGUCCCCGGCACAGAAAAUCUCCCUUGGACCAAGCGACGGAUCGUAGAAUACCUCAGUAUCGGUGGUCUAGGUGCCAAGAUAGUGGGCAGCCCUACCACAGUCGCCGAUGAGUUGGAACGUUGGGUUGAAGUGUCUGAUGUGGAUGGAUUCAAUCUGGCACAUGUAACCAAUCCUGGAACAUUUGAGGACAUCAUCGAGUACCUUCUUCCAGAGUUGCGCAAACGUGGAAUCUUCAGGUCUGAGGUUGAGAAGGAGGGAGCUACGGCAAGAGAAGUGUUCAUUGGUUCUAAGAGACUUCCUGAGGAUCAUCCCGGAAGCAGGUAUAAGUGGCGUUCGGGUGAGGUAGAACCGCCUUUCUUGAAACGGGACGAACAGAAGUAAGGGGUCCAGGCAUGAUAAUUGAGUGCGGGCGCUAUCUUCUACAAGAGUUGAACCCCUAAUAGGACACAUGUUUACACUGAAGAUGGAUGACCAUUGCCAAC